AUGGCGCGCGUCUACGCAGAUGUCAACCAGAACAUGCCCCGCAGCUACUGGGACUACGACAGUGUCAAUAUCAGCUGGGGAGUCUUGGAGAACUAUGAGGUCGUGAGAAAGAUCGGUGCGUCCGUCCUUUUUGCCGUCUCCCGCCGCACUGCUGCAUUGCAUGGCUGCAUCGUUAACCUCAUCUACACAGGCCGCGGCAAAUAUUCCGAAGUCUUCGAGGGCAUUAAUGUUGUCAAUUAUCAGAAAUGCGUCAUCAAAGUUCUCAAGCCUGUUAAGAAGAAGAAGAUCAAGCGCGAAAUCAAGAUUCUGCAGAACUUGGCUGGCGGCCCCAAUGUCGUGGCCCUGCUGGAUGUCGUCAGAGACUCACAGAGUAAGACACCAUCUUUGAUAUUCGAAUAUGUCAACAACAUCGAUUUCCGCAGCCUGUAUCCCAAAUUCAAUGACCUCGAUGUGCGGUUCUACAUUCACGAAUUGUUGAAGGCCCUGGACUUUUGUCACAGCAAGGGAAUCAUGCACAGAGAUGUGAAGCCUCAUAACGUUAUGAUCGAUCAUGAAAACAGAAAAUUGCGUCUCAUUGAUUGGGGUCUAGCCGAAUUUUAUCACCCUGGGACCGAGUACAACGUGCGCGUUGCUUCACGUUACUUCAAGGGCCCCGAACUCUUGGUCGAUUUUCAGGAGUACGACUACAGCCUUGACAUGUGGAGCUUGGGCGCCAUGUUUGCCUCCAUGAUCUUCCGCAAGGAGCCCUUCUUCCACGGAAACAGUAAUUCGGACCAGUUGGUGAAGAUUGCCAAGGUGCUCGGAACCGACGAGCUCUUCGACUACCUUGAUAAGUACGAAAUUGAGUUGGAUUCACAGUACGACGACAUCCUUGGCCGGUUCCAAAAGAAACCUUGGCACAGCUUCGUGACAUCCGAGAAUCAGCGUUUUGUCUCUAACGAAGCCAUCGACUUCCUCGAUAAGCUGUUGCGAUAUGACCACCAAGAACGGCUCACCGCAAAGGAGGCCCAAGCCCACCCUUACUUUGACCCAGUCCGGGAUCCCGAGGUCUUCAAGCAGCAUCUGGCCAACCCCGGUCCCAAUGGUGCAUAUAAAGCCUAG